CAAUUCCUAAUCCUAGUGCUUUCUUAGAAUUAAAAUGUCUUUUUAGGUAUUUGAAACCACAGAAUUAGCAUAUGGUGGUAGAACAGGACUUAAAUAGCAUGGAAACUAUCUACUGCAGAUCAUCAUCUACCUAUUCCUCUCGUCUUCCACUUGGGGAACAAGGAACAAAUAACCAUGAAGUUCUUCAUCUUUGCCUGCCUGGUGGCUGUUGCUCUGGCAAAGCAUGAGAUAAAGGAUAAGUCCUCCAGCGAGGAAUCACCUGCCAGCAUCUACCCAAGAAAGUCUAAGCACGACAAUAGUGUGUUCUUCCAAACAACUCAGGACUCUGCUAGCAGUUCAUCCAGUGAGGAAUCUUCAGAGGAAGUCAGCGAAAAAGUUGUACAGUCUGAGGAACAAAAGGUGAACCUAAACCAGCAGAAAAAAAUCAAGCAGUUUUCCCAAGAGUCCUCCUUCCCCCAGUUUUGCACACCUCUUCACCAGCAGCAGAGCAGUGUGAACCAGUGGCCCCAGCCUAAUGCCAUCCAGAACAUUCCUAUCCAGGAAAUCCUGAAGAAGAUCAUUGAUAUGUUCAAGUACAUCCAAUCUCAACAGGCCACCAUCAACCAAUUUCCCCAGGCUGUUCAUCCACAGAUACCUGUGAGCUACUGGUACCCCAGUAAGGAUUACACCUUCCCAAAUGCUCGCUAUAUGGGAUCCUACUAAGAAUCUUAAGUUAACUGCUGCUCCCUAGCUACAGGCUUGAGUAGAAAAUUGGUUUCUUCAUAGUUUCCCCAUCAUUACAUCAACUCCUACGACUGAUAUACCCUAAGAUGCUUCUUGAAAAGACAGCGUUGAGCCAGAAGAAGAGAGAGUGGGAUAUUUUCUGUAUUGUUUAUAAAUUCUGUAGAUUUCAUUGUAUGUUCAAGCUUUGGACUGUGGAGUUGUAUUAACUGUAUUGUUUAACUGAAGUCUUUUCAGUACUACUUCUGAGAUAAGAACCAAAAUAUCUCUUGCCGAGACAUUAAAGUUUUAAAUGCA